CAGGCUUUUAAUGUUUUCCACUCUAGCAAGCUCAGGGUUGCAUCACAGCAUUGUUCUCCAAAGAAGAUGGAUAAAGCAAAGAAGGAUUUGAUGAGUUCUCUGGGUGGGAGCCCCAGGCCUCCGGAUACCAAGCGGGAGGCUUCAUGCCUAGACUGCAGAGCAGGAACAAGUUUGUUGGUUUCUGAUAGCUGCAAACGGGGGCCAAGGAAAUACUUAGCAUUUAGACAAAAGAGGUAUUCUGCUGAAGUUCUCACUCCAGCAGCCUCCAACAUCUCAAGGGAUGUUUGUGCUGGCCCCCAAAUACACCAUGCUUUGCUAAAAGAGGCGGACCUCGAGCAGCACACCCCUAAAGUCACAACCUUCAGGAUGCCUGAGGAUCUUGGAAGUGUGCUGGAUAAGCAAGUGAUGGGACCAACCACUGAGAACCUCACCAACUCAGAUUUCCCAGUACAAUCAUAUAACCCCAAAGUGCAGGUUCCUUACCAAGUGCUUCCAGGGCAGUGCCCUCGGAGCAUUUACAUAGAGAGGAGGAGACGGCUAUAUCUCAGCUUCGAUAUUGCACAGCUUUUAUCCAGCAAGGGGAUAGACUCCAAUCAGCUCAUGCCAAGGCACCAUGAUCCUGACAAUAUGCCAACAACUGAGGAUAAGAAAGAUCCUCUCUUUCCCAUCUACCUCCCGUUAAAGAUAUUUGAUGAUGAGGAGUAUGACUGUCGAACUCCAGAGGAGUGGAUCUCACUAGGACUGGAACCAGGAUCUCAUGAUAGAAAGCCAGUGCCUGGACAAGCACUUUUACCUACAGAUGAUGUUCUUGGACACGAGGACCCUAAAAACCCAAAAUUGAUCUACCAGUGGAUUGAUGUUGGUGUUCUGGAUUACGACAAGAAGACAGAGCUCUACUUGGUCCGUAAAACCAAGAAUGGAGUGGUGUGGAAUGAGGAAGGGAGACCCAUCCUCAAUGGAGAAGUAACUUCAGAAGGAAGAGCCCCACUGUUGCCAUGUCAGUACUGGGUGCCACGUGUUUGCCUGUUGUUUCUGGCUGAAGAUCCUCGGGUGUUUGCACAGAGAGUAGUUUCUGCUGACAACUUGCGUAAGAAGACGCAGGCGCUGCUUCUCUAUAACUUGUAUGUGGACUGCAUGCCCACGGAUGGUCUAAAUAGCAUCAGUGAGGAGAGUCUGCAGAGAAUGAAGUUUUUGGCUAUGAACACUCCCGAACUGAGGAAAGCAGAGAAGAGGAUAUUAGACCAUAUGUGUUGCCUGGAGAAAGAAGUGAGAUUAGACUAUGAACGUACCCUGAACAAGAUUAGUUUUGACAGAACUGUCGCUUCCAAACCUGAGGUGUUUUCUUAUGUCACCUUGCCAGACAAAGAGGAGGAAAAAGUACCAGAGAAAGGGCUCAUCUGUAUCCCAGACUAUCCUUUUAAGAAACAAAAGGAAGACUUCAACUUUGUCUCACUCCUGAAGAGGCCAGAAGUCAUCCUUCUCCUUCCAGAGGUGCAAGAUGAGUGUGACAAGGUAGCCAUCAUGUCUCUGUUUAACACAGCCUUGGCCAAGUGUGUUUGCUUGGAGGAAUUUGAACAGAUCCAGACCCAGACCUUCACUGAGGUUCAGAUGUUUCUCAAGGAUACUUGGAUUGAUACUCUAACGACUGCAAUAACGAGCAACUUGAAAGAAGCAGGCACAGACUGGUACAGACUGGAACAGACCAACUGGGAUGUCUACCUGGUGUCCAAACUGCGUAAGCUGAUGAACCGCAUCAGAUUCAUGCUUCAGGACUCUCUGAGGUCUCUGGUCCAGAACUCACUGAUCAGCUUCACCCAACUUGUGCUGGAUGCUUGCCAUGCUGUCCUGAAUUGCUCACAGGACAUGAAAUGGGGAGAUGACCUCAUCAAUAGUCCCUACAGGCCUCUGAGGUACCCACUUUUUCUAACAGACCUUGUGCUAGACACCAGUGGCAUUCACUUCAGCCCCCCUGCGGAGAGCUUUGAGAAGUCCCUCAUUUCUCUGUUUGAUGAGGGAAUCCUGGCAACACGCACUGUCCCACAGCUGGAGAAGUAUGUGCUGGAGAAUGUAGCUAUCACAGGCACACCUUUGCUUGACUCAGUGGGCUUGCACGAACCAGAAGUGGAAAAACUACGUGAGACUAUGCGCUCUGCCAUUCAGAUGGCAAUGAUCCCUCUCCAUGCCUAUGCCAAGAGAUACGAGAAGUUCUUGGAGCUAAAUAACAAUGACAUCCAGUACUUGCUAAGAGACUACGAAGAGCAAUGUCCAUCUGCCCGGGAGGUGAGGAGUAUAGUGAACAUGUACUUGUCAGAAAAGGAGAACCUGAACAGCACUCUACCCGUUUCUAUUGUCAUUGGUCCCUUCCAUGUCAGCACAGAAGCUGUUAAGCAAAAUCUGACCGCAAAAUACAAAGCGCUUGCCACUUCCAUGUUGGAUAUACUGGCUAAAAACCUCCAUUUGCAGGUGGAGAGUAUCUGCAACACGUAUGAAGCCACCAGCUGCAGAAUGCAUGAGAAACCAAACAAUAUUGAGGAGCUGACUGAGCUGCAGGAGUGGAUGAAGAACAUCCCCAAGCAGCUGGCUGUGCAGGAGAAGCUGAUUUGUGAAGUCGUGAAAGAUUACGAGAUCAUGGAGGAAUUCUUUUACAACCUUACCAACGAAGAUUUCAGUGACAGGUGGGCUGCAAGUUACUGGCCAUUGAAAAUAAGCAAGCAAGCUGAGUGCCUUGGGCAGCAGCAGCAGAAGGAUGCAAAGAGGUUUCAUAAAAAACAUGUCCUGGAUCAGAGCAGCUUUCACAAGAAACUGGAGGAGAUGAAGCUGACUGUAGGUGGAUUUUCCAUCCAGGCAGAUGCUAGCCAAGCUAAUGAGUUGGCUAACAAAGCAAGGGAGGUCAGGAAGCAGCUGCAGGAGCUUCAGAAUUUGGCAGCUGUCUACAACAACAGGGAAAGAAUCUUUGGGAUCAAAGUUACUAAUUACAGUGGGCUGUCCAGGAUGGUUAAGGACUUCCAGCCAUACCAUGACCUCUGGACAACAGUGUCAGACUGGAUGCAUCAGCAUGAGAAAUGGAUGAGUGAUCCUCUCAUGGAAAUUGAUUCUGAGCAGAUAGAAAAGAUUGUCAAUGACUCUUUUAAGACAAUGCAGAGAUGCGUGAGGCAGUUCAAGGAGUCACCAGCCUGCCAGGGUGUGGCAAUGGAGUUUCGAGACAAGAUUGGCAAAUUCAAGCUAUACGUCCCCUUAAUUCAAGGGCUCUGCAAUCCUGGUAUGAGAGAGCGGCACUGGGAUAUGCUGUCGGAAUCUAUUAAGAUGGAUAUCAAGAUAGAUCCCAGUCUGACAGUUUCUCGCUGCUUGGAAAUGAACCUGCUGGACCAUAUCAAGAGCAUCAGCAAAGUAGCUGAGGCAGCUGGCAAGGAAUACGCCAUUGAGAAUGCGCUCAACAAGAUGGAGAGUGAAUGGAACUCCGUAUUUUUUGCUGUGGACCCUUACACGGGAACGUUUAUUCUGAAAAACGCCGAGGAAGUUUCUGGGCUCCUAGAUGAUCACAUUGUCUUGGUUCAGAGCAUGUCCUUCUCACCAUUCAAGAAACCUUUUGAGGAAAGGAUGAACGCAUGGGAAAAUAAGCUGAAGAUUACACAGGCUGUCCUAGAGGAAUGGCUGAAGUGCCAGCUCUCUUGGCUCUACUUGGAGCCAGUCUUGAGUUCAGAGGACAUCAAAAGACAGCUCCCAUUGGAAAGCCAGCUCUACCAGGAAGUGGAUAAGGACUGGAGGGACAUCAUGAAGAGUGCUAAUGAAAACCCUGAGGUGAUUUCUCUGUGCCCUGAUCCUGUGCUACUACAGAAGCUCCAAAAAUGUAACCAGCUGCUGGAACUGGUUCAGAAAGGGCUAAGUGAAUAUCUGGAGACGAAGAGAUUUGCUUUUCCUAAGUCUCUAAACCUACAGGCUGUAGUCUUGAGAGCUGCUGUACUGUCUGCCAGCCAGUGUUUUAUCUUUCUGAUGUCAUGUUCACUCAUCAUUAGAUACUACUGGACAAAGGGGGACCUGUACAUGAGAGCAGUCAAUGCUGAAUUUCUCUAUGGCUAUGAGCACCUGGGGAACACUGGCCAUCUGGUUAUUAUACCCCUUGCUGACAGGUGUUACCUGACACACACAGGAGCUCUGCACCUGAAAUUUGGAGGAGCACCUGCAGGAGCAGCAGGACCAGGCAAAACAGAAACAACAAAAGACCUGGGCAAAGCACUAGCAAUCCCAGCUGUAGUGUUCAACUGCUCUGACCAGCUUGACUUUCUGGCAAUGGGAAAGUUUUUCAAGGGACUAGCCAGCUCUGAGACAUGGGCUUGCUUUGAUGAGUUCAACCUCAUUGGUAUCGAGGUGCUGUCUGUGGUGGUGCAGCAGAUUACAACCAUUCAGAAAGCACAGCAGCAGAGGGCAAAUUGCUUCAUGUUUGAAGGUGCAGAGAUCCCACUGGUCCCAUCCUGUGCACUCUUCAUCACAAUGAACCCAGGGUAUGCUGGGCAUGCUGAACUGCCCGAUAACCCGAAGGCUCUCUUUCUUCCUGUGGCUAUGAUGGUCCCAGAUUACUCCAUGAUUGCUGAGAUGUCACUCUAUGCCUUUGGGUUUGAUGAAGCCAAAAUCCUUGCAAAGAAGAUCACCACAACAUUCAAACUAUUGUCAGAGCAGCUCAACUCCCAGGACCACAAUGACUUUGGGAUGAGAGCUGUGAAAACUGUCAUCUCAACAGCUGGCAACCUAAAAAGAGAGAAUCCUACUAUGGAUGGGGAGCUGAUCUGCCUGCGGGCUAUCAGGAAUGCCAAUGUACCCAAAUUCCUGAAGGAUGACCUCAUGCUCUUCAGUGGUAUUGUCUCAGUAUUUCCCAAGAUCAAAGAAGAGCUUGUUGCUUACGGCCACCUGGAAGAAGCCAUUCACAAAUUCUGCAUCAAAGAGAACCUGGAGGAUACUGAUGGUUUUGUGACUAAGUGCAUCCAGCUCUAUGAAGCUACUAUGGUUUGACAUGGCCUUAUGCUGGUGGGACCAACAGGUUCUGGUAAGACAAAGAGUUACCAAGUCCUGGCAGCUGCAGUGACAUCACUGAAAGGUCAACCUGCAGCAAGUGGUGGGAAUUACGAGGGAGUCAGAUACUUUGUACUGAAUCCCAAAUCCAUCACAAUGGGCCAGCUUUAUGGAGAGUUCAGCUUGCUAACGCAUGAGUGGACAGAUGGGAUCCUUUCCUCACUCAUCCAGCAGGGAGCUGUGGCCACUGACACCAUCAAGAAGUGGUACAUGUUUGACGGCCCGGUUGGCUUGUGGAUUGAGAACAUGAACACAGUGCUAGAUGACAAUAAGAAGUUGUGCCUGAGCUCAGGGGAAAUCAUCAAGCUGUCAGAGUGUAUGACCACGGUGUUUGAAGUCCAGGAUCUGGCUGUUGCUUCCCCUGCCACAGUGUCUCACUGUGGCAUGGUUUACCUUGAACCCAGCAUCCUGGGGCUGGAGCCAUUCAUUGAGAGCUGGCUGCAAAAACUUCCAGGCAUCAUGAAGCCCUUCUCACAGCAGCUAUCAUCUUUCUUCAAGAGAUUCCUCAAGGAAGGCAUUGGCUUUGGCUGGAGGUUUGUGAAGGAGGUAAUUGCCUCAACAGACAGUAACCUCACAAGGAGCCUCCUCCUGCUCUUGGAAUGUUUCUUUCAGCCUUUCAUUCCCAUUGAGGGAAUUAGGACAAUUCCCCAGGAGAAGACAGCUCAUAUCAAAGAGCUGAUUGAACCCUGGUUUAUAUUUGCCUUGAUCUGGAGUGUGGGUGCUACUGGAGAUUCCCAAGGUUACAUGGCCUUCAGCUUGUGGCUGAGGGAGAAGAUGGCAAAGGAAAAGGUGACUUUACUCUCACAUAUCCAGUUACUUUUCCCAGAAGAAGGACUGGUUUAUGACUAUAAACUGAAGGAUGCGGGGCUCAGCAGUCCUGAAGAUGAUCUGGAUGAGGAGGUCAUCUUUCAGGUGUGCUGGGAGAAGUGGCUGGACCCAACAGCAGAGUUCAUCAUGGUUCCUGAUACCAACUUCUGUGACAUUAUUGUGCCCAUAACGAACACAGUCCGAACGGCCCAUCUGCUGAAGCUGUUGCUCAUCAACUAUAAGCCAGUAUUUCUCUGCAUUGGUCCCACUGGCACAGGGAAGACCACAAUUACAGACAAGCUUUUGAAGAACUUGCCUCUCAGAUACAUUACCCACUUCCCGAUGUUUUUGCCACGUACCUCUGCUAACCAAACUCAAGAUCUCAUUGACAGUGAACUGGGUAAGAGGCACAAGGGUGUGUUUGGGCCUCCAGUUGGGCGGUACCUCAUAUUUUUUAUUGAUGACUUGAACAUGGCCAUGCUGGACACAUACAGUGCUCAGGCACCCAUCGAGCUGCUGCAGCAGUGGAAGGAGCACCGGGGCUGGUAUGACGGGAAUCAGAUCAGUGCUUUUAAGAAGCUGGUAGAUAUUAAUUUGGUCUGUGCUAUGGGGCCUCCUGGAGGUGGAAAGAAUGCUGUCACUCCAUGCCUCACUCCCCGUUUCAGCUACCUCUCCUUCACUGGAAUGGAGGACAGCAGCAAGAAGGCCAUCUUCUCCACCACCCUUGGCAGCUGGAUUGGUGGACUCCUAGGAGAAAAAAGUUACAAAGAUCCAGUGCCAGGAGCACUUGCAGUGAAAGACCUGAACAAGCCCUUGGUUGAUGCAACUACUGGCAUGUAUUUGACUGUCACAUCCCAGCUCCUGCCCACACCAGCCAAGUCACUUUACACUUUCAACCUGAGAGACCUCUCCAAGGUGUUCCAGGCCAUGCUCAUGGCUGAGCCCAGCACCAUCCAGGACAAACUGCAGCUGCUGAAACUGUGGUACCUUGAGAGCUGCCGGGUGUUCUGUGAUCGCCUGGUCAGCAAGGAGGACCGCACGUGGUUCAACCACCUGGUGAAGAGUAUGAUGGAGGAGUUAGGCACCACUUUUGAGGAGGUCAUCCCCUCCCAGCCAGUUCUGUUUGGGGACUUCAUGGAUCCAGAUGCCCAUAUCAACUACAAAGCAAUUGAUGGCCAGGAAAAGCUGAAAGCUGUGAUUGAGGCUUACCUGGAGGAGUACAAUCAAGUCAACACCCCAGAGCUGAAGCUUGUGCUCUUCAUGGAUGCGAUACAGCACAUCUGCCAGAUCAGCCGGAUUCUGCAGCAGGUUCCAGGGGAUGCUCUCCUUCUGGGUUUUGGAGGAAGUGGGAGACAGUCUCUCACCAGGCUGGCAUCUCACAUGGCAGAUUACGAGUGUUUCCAGAUUGAACUGACCAAAAAUGAUGGCAUGACUGAAUGGCGAGGUGAUGUGAAGAAGAUCAUGAUGAAGGCAGGCACUGGGAAUCUACCCAAGCCCUUCCUGUUCGUAGACAGUCAAAUUAAAAAUGAAUCCUGCCUUGAGGAUGUCAACAACCUGCUCAACUCGGGUGACAUUCCCAGCAUUUACAGCCUCCAUGACAAAGAACAGAUCAUGACAGAGAUGAAGCCCAUUGUUUGGGAUCUAGGGCAGCAGCCCACCAAGGCCAAUCUGAUGGCUGCAUACACAGGACGGGUUCGCAGCAGUACCCACACAGUCGUGUGCAUGAGCCCUACUGGAGAAGUCUUCCGUGCAUGCUUGAGACAGUUCCCCUCUCUUGUGAACUGCUGCACCAUCAACUGGUUUAAUAAGUGGCCUGCUGAGACCCUGCUCGUGGGCUCCUCCUUCUUGCUUGAGAUCCCACAUCUUGGUGCCAGUAUGGAAAAUGUCAAUGGGAUGAGUCAAGUACGUGUAGAAAUUCAUCAGAGCAUGGCAAAGAAGUGCCAGGUGUACCUAGGAGAGCUGGCCAGACACAAUUAUGUCACUGCCAAGAGCUACCUCGAGUUCCUCAUCAUCUUCAGUUCCCUGAUUGGAAAGAAGAAACAGGAACUGAAUACAGCGAAGAAGAGGAUGAAAGGUAGCCUGGACAAGCUCCUGCGAGCGGCAGCCGCGGCAGCGAAGCUGCGGGAGAAGCUGGAGUCCUUCCGCCCCCUCCUGGCGCCGGCCGCCGAGGACACCCUGGCAUCCAUGGCUCCAGCGCAGGUACCGCUGCUGGGAGUGGAAGAGACAAGGAGUGCUGUGCAGGCUGAGGAGAUGGAGGCCAAAGCGAAAGCUCAGGCAGCCCAAGCCAUUGCAGAUGAUGCUCAGAAGGACUUGGAUGAAGCCCUCCCAGCCCUGGACACUGCUCUUGCCAGCCUGAGGAGCCUCAACAAAAGUGAUGUUACUGAGGCACGCUGUCAACAACAGGCCACUCCACCAACUACGACUGCUGUGGAGAUCCCUACAGACAAGCCACAGAAGCACUGGAUCAAAUGGGGCACAGCGUUGAUCUGUGCCCUGGACUUCUAG